AUGAUGAAAAGUUUUAUUGCUUUAUUUAUCCUAUUUAAUAUUGUCAACGCCGAGCUUCCGGGCACAUGGCCACCGCUCGAUAAACCUGCACCGGCAGUUGCAGGAUGGAGUUCGUUGAUUAAUGCGACGAAUGUAACGAAUGCUCUUAUCCUGCCUCCUUUUACAAGCUGUGCACAAACUUCAGGUUAUUGUCGAGCUCCCUGUGGUUGUUAUCGCGAUGAGAUCCUCAAUUGUCCGACUAAAAAAGAUUGGAGUCUUACGUUCGAUGAUGGCCCUUCGGACUAUACGUCGAGAUUAGUAGAUUUCUUAAAUGCUCAAAAUGUCAAGGCUACGUUCUACGUAGUAGGCUCGCAAGUCUAUAGAUACCCAGACGUUCUUAAGAAAAUAUAUGACAGUGGUCAUGAAAUUGGAGUUCACACAUGGUCACAUUCGAGUCUUACAAGUUUAUCAAACGAACAAAUCAUUGCAGAGAUAAAACACACUGAACUGGCAGUCUGGCAAGUAACCGGUAUUGCGACUCGCACUAUACGACCACCAUAUGGUGAUUGCGACGACCGUGUUCGCGACAUUAUUAGACAACUGGGUUAUAAAUUGGUUUUAUGGGACAGUGACACUCAAGACUAUCUGUCUAAUAGCAACCCUAAAUUUGACCUCAAUUGGAUUGCUGGCAACUUUACUCAAUGGACAAGUAAAGACAAGGGUAAAACCGGACACAUCUCUUUGGAACAUGAUUUGUUUCCACAGACAACUUUGGCAGCCGAGAGAGCUGUGCCAAUUCUUAAAAAGGCUCGGUAUAAUAUGGUGACACCGGCUACCUGUAAUCGUAUUAGUGCAUAUGCUUUUCCUGCUCCAAGCACACAUUCGUUAAGUACUACUUCAGGUGGCGUGCCUUCAAAUAGCACUUCAAAAAAUAACAAACACAUCAAAAAAUAA